AUGGUCUUGCGCCUGGCGACGCGCAGCUUCGGCUUCUCGCCAGCCUCGUCUGGCGGAAUUGCAGCACAAGUGUCGUCCCGACGUGCUGCUGCGCGAUCACACGGCCGACACACGCGACCAACGGCGGCAGCGUUCACCUCAGGGCCUUCGGCGGCAGCAGCGCGACCAACGGGCAGCAGGCCGCCUACGACCGCCAGGAAGAUGGUGCUUCGGCCCGACUGGGAGAGGGAAGGGAGGGUUUACGGCCUGAGGAUGCCUAGGGAGAGGACUGCCGAGAGAGCCUUCGAGUACCUGGUGGACUACCCUUGCGAAUUCGAAAUCAAGGUCAUCGGGAUCAACGAGGGCAGCUUCGCGGAUGACAUCGCGGCCACAGUCUCCGCCGUUUGCGAGGUGGAAACCUCCGAUGUACGGUUCACCGUUCGAGAUACCACGAGUGGGCGCUACCAGAGCAUUACGGUGCACGCGCCAGUAAAGAACGCGACCAUGCUGUACAAGUGCUACGAGCUCAUCGACGAGGACCCCCGUGUGAAGUUCAAGUUCUGAACCGGGUUCUGAAUCGUCGGGCGAAUGAAGGGCGACCGACGGUUAUCACCCUCGUCUUUACCCGUGGAUGAUUUCAACGCACAACCCCCCACCCGCUCCCGCUGCUGUGGCGGCGUUGGUUCGGUUGACGGCUGCGUUUGUGGGGCGAGUCUGUCGUGUUGUCGUGUUAGACUGGAAAAAGAAGGGGGGUUUCUUUGGUUCAGUCCUCUCGACACACACCUUCACGCACGCUGCUGGUAACGGUGGCACGAAAGCCAUCUCGGAACACGGCGGGCAUUUGGUGGUCGGGUGGGGGUGGGGGUGGGGGUGGGGGGGACGUCUUGAUUGGAAACUGACGUCCUUCGGGCACGCACCUUUCUGGCACUGUCUUCUCUUCUCGAGCCGUGAUGUUGGGCUGCGAUGCCAUCGUCGGCGGUGCGGAGGGCGUGACGCCAUCGGUCUGGCCUUUUGGGUUGGAUGACGCCGGCGAGCUUCGGGAGACCGCUGUGGAUUUGACCCAUCGGGAAUGGCUUGUCCGUUGGGGUCUACCGCUGUAUAUAUUUGGCCCUGUUGUAAGCACUGUUGUUGCCAGCCGGGGGCACGUUGUUUCGGUGCGGUUGGUGACGGGGCUGUGCGUACGGGGGGUUGACCAUGUGGGGGCAAUGAAACAAAUCCCGUUGGAGAGAAUGUGUGACACACUAUUCUAUUAUUGAGAUGAUUGUGGGCGUAGUGCACGUGCUGCAGUGGGAGGGUGACGGAAGUCACGGCGUUGGAGGGAGCACAGCGUGCGUCUGGGAAUAUUUUGGUCUGCUGCAAAGUAUCAAGGGGGUGUAUACGUAUAGUUUUGUGGAACUCGGCGGGGGGGAAUAGAGAUUUUGCAGGCGGUUUGGCGAGAGAGAUCGUUUUGAUUUGAUUCCGGGGACGCGGAGCUGCACUUCACUGUUUAUGCAAAGCAGCAAAUAUCCUUUGCCACGACACACGUGUUGGAUAAUAUUUUCUUUCCAAGCAUGCUUUGGCUCGCUGCAACUAUAAUACAAUGGGCGGAACGCUAGUGGUUGUACCACGGCUCGACUUCAAGUCACGUCGAAGUCGUCGAACGUACACGUAUGUGUCUUUGAUCUCAUACAUACUAGUGUCUGGAGUGUUGUUUGUUUCCUUUCGUUGUCAUUCGCCUGCCCCUUACCUGCGUUGUUCCCCCUACGAAAGAGGCGAGAUACGAUGGCUGAAUACGAGUACGAGUACGAGGAUCAGUGGUUUGGUGCCAACGGUAAAUCCCUCGUCCCGGAGAAGGUUGUUCUGACGUUUCAUGUGUUGGUCGUCGCCUUCCCUGAACUACAGCUGUUGUACAUAAUGUGUAUGUCUGCUUGCAUUGUUUUUGUUCGCGCUUGGCGACGAGAGUGAUAGGCGCCAUCCGCAGAUAGAUGUGAGCUAACGAUUUUCUUGUUCCGAGGAAAGCGCCUUCUCCAGUGGCAAAAGGUUCCGGAACUCUGCUUCCAGCGACUGCUGUAAGGAAGUUGUCUCGCGUUGUCGGGCCGCACCCAGUCGAGUUGAUGACCACCCUGCAACGACGGCACCGUUGUCGUCGUUGUUUAUUUUUGCACAAGCAUGCUCUCCGUAAAUCAAUCGAGCUCGGAUAAUAAUACUUUGGUGGUAGCUACCUAGGUGUUGGUGGUGUGCGUGGCCGCUGAGACAAGCUGGCGAAUUACUUUACUGGGUCCUGGGUGGUUAAGGGCUGCAUAUUGAGCAAAGUCCACAGGAGGAGCACCGUGAAGGUCCCCGGUCCCGGAGAAAAAUAUAUAUGUAUGCAUACCGACACUACCUAUCGUAUUGCUCACGGGAAAAGACUGUGGACUUGGUGUGAGUCACCAGGUGAAGGCAAGCGAUGGGUGGAUGGGUAUGGAUGGGUAGUACGUGCUCACUCCUUUGUGUUGCCUGCUACCUUCUCCGUGGCCCUUCCCUGGUUCGUCGGCAUUCAGUACCCCGAAAGAGAGGUGGAGUCUGGUCUUCAGAGCGGAUUGGGUGUCAUCUGUAACGGCAGGGCAUGUUAACCGGAAGUUCAAGCGUUACGGGAGGGUGCUUGCCGAAUCUGACGGAGGGCACGGACGCUCUUUCGCAAAAUAUCAUUUUCUCAAAUGAUCAAAGGAGGGCGGACCUCGGAUUGGAGGCAGCCCUGCAUGAGCAGGGCAAUUUAUAGCAAAUUAUCGUUUAAUUGCCCCAGUAUAGUCUUGUUCGGUGUUCGUGGAUGGUUGUGUACGCGGUGCACACCCUUCUGAUCUGAUCUCUGCGUACAAGCCUUGCAACUUGUAACACCCAACUCAACUGAAGCGACAUCUGAAUCUUCCGUCGCCACACAGGCUACAAUAACUCCGCGAAAAAGAUGCUGACAUCUGGCACACACUUGUCUAUCCAUGCAGAGACAAAGCGCGCGAAAAACGGUUGGGUUAGCAACAGAAGGGUAAACCAAGACAUGUGCAUGUGUCAUCGUGUUAAAUUUUGCUUCAUUCCAUUGAAAAACAAAGCGAAACUGCGACUGUUACUCAUCUACCAGAAAACACCAUGCGGCUAGUACCACACAAGUAGUAUUAACCUGUAGAAUAUUUUCCUCCUCUAUGACCCCCCCCCCCCCCCCCGGUCCAAUCAGAAGCAAAAUCCCUGACUCUCUGCAGAUGGGGUAACGCCCUGCGUCCCCCAAACAAAAAAAUUUGAAACGUAACCCCCCCAAGAUGAAUUGGGGGGACACCCCUGCUACCCCGAUUCGUUGCUCCUACCCUGUUUUGUACCGAAAGUGUACUGUUGUUACAGUUUGCACCGGUGGCGUGAAGUUCGCAAGGGAAGCUCGCUCUCCUACUUAACCUACUUAAACGCCUGCUCCUCCUGCACCGUGUGACGGAUAUACUUUUAUAUCGUAAUGCCGUCUCCAUUCACGCCAUAUAUACACAGGCCUGAUUUGAAGGGCGAAAUAUUACUAUUCUCCCGCCCAUCCACAUGAAACGAGUUGGCGUUCUGCACCAUGAUUUCACAACCUGCGCAAAAUUAGGUUUGGACGUAAACGGCACGCAAACGCGGAAAAACCGAGAGAAAAGAGCAAACACCUCUAACUACUGUAGCUCGGCGCCUUUGUUUUGCUGCGUCCCCUUUAUUUUAGUCUGCGAGAAAUCUCCGCCCGCCCCACAUCCUCACCUAGCAAAAAACUCGCAACUCGCAAACCCACACAACAGCAGCGAUAUUGGCGUGCAGGAUCGCUGCAACCAAGUGUUGGAACCAGAAGCGACUCCCAAAGGAUCAAUUCUGCAGCCCAAACGGAUAGUUUAGUCUCUUUUCCCUCCAACGCACAGAUGCACGGGAUAGCAAAGCGAAAAGCGUGAUGUCGGGCGAACAACAAAAACGAGUGCUUGUCACUGCCCACACGUCGCGAUUGCGACCUAGUGCGUGGCGGUUUGUCGCCCAAAACGCGAGGAAUUCUCCGCACGUCACAACACCACAACGUAU